AUGCUUCUUGUUAUAAUCGCAGCAGCAUUAAUUAUUGGUAUAACAGUAUGUUAUUUACGCAGUGUUUCCAUAGCUUUAAUUAUUGUUAUUGGCGCUGCAUUGUCGAUUGGCGUGAGCUAUUUUGUAUAUCGUAUAAUUUAUCGUAUACCCAUAUUUCCCUUUAUGAAUUUAAUGUCUGCGUUUAUAUUGAUUGGCAUUGGUUGUGAUGAUAUUUUUGUAUUUUUCGAUACUUGGGAUCAAGAAAAAGUAGAAUGGUUAAGAACAUACGAAGAAAAGCAUCAAGCAGAUAUUGCAGAUAACUUAUUAAAUAAUACAAAUACACAUGAGAGUCCACCGUCAAAUAAAAAAAUAAAACCAAGUAAAUUAAGAAGACCGUCAAACGCAUUUGAAUCUCGUCAUCGUUCGUGUAUAUUGAAUAAUCCUGCAGAAGUUCGUAAAUUAUUAUUACGCGAAGAAGCACUAAUCGAAAUCAUGGCUAAAACAUUGAAACAUGCUGGUUCGUCAAUGUUCGUUACGUCGUUCACUACAGCCGCUGCAUUCUUUACAAAUAUGUUAACAAAUAUUUCAUUUGUUCAAGUAUUUGGAGUUUUUACGGGAACAUGUAUUCUAAUUUAUUUUGUUAUUACAGUUACUGCAAUCGCUGCUUUUGCUGUUAUCUACGAAAAAUAUAUUCAAGAUAUAUCAAUCCGUGUACUUUCAAUAUGUUGUUCUGAUAUUGUUAAUGCAUCAUCAAAUAGUGCAGCAGGAAAAUUAUGUGUUCGUAUUUUAAAAAGUCUUGAAAGAUUUCGAAAUUAUCUUUUUGGCCAUUUAUUUCCGCUAAUCAUUAUUAAUCUACGUUAUGUUUUUGUUUUGCUGUUUUUACUUAUUGGAGUCUUAGGUCUUGUUAGUAUUUUUCAUUAUCCAGAAUUAAAAGUACCAUCAACGCAAAAAGUUGCAUUCUUUCUUCGAGAUAAUCCCAUGGAAGUUUAUGAAUUUUCAAUGAAAAGUCAAUUUAAUGGUUAUUCAAAAGAAGAUAAACGUUUAUUUGCUUAUCCAGCUGUUUCAUUUAUUUUUGGUAUACGCGAUAUUGAUGAUGGUUAUAUAUUUGAUAUGAAUGAUCGUGGCCAAUUAUAUUUAAUGCCAGUUCAUUUGAAUCGACAUACAACACUUGAAUUUUUUAAACAAUUCAUUGCUCAUUUAGGAACACGAAGUGAUCUAUUUUCUUCAAAUUAUGAUCUAGAAAAAGAUUUUGAAGCUUUCUAUCAACUUACAACCGACAAUAUUCUAACAGCGAAAGUUGCAGAUGACCAAGCUAAAUUUAAUGUAUCAAAAACUAAUCAUGUGAAUAUGAUUAAAUAUAUAAGAAAAGUGAAUAGAAGUUUAAUCGAUCAUUUAAUCAAUGAAACAUUACGUACAAGUGAUUAUAGACUGGAAAAUGAUCAAUCUGAUCAAGAAGAUAAUAUUGAAAGUAAAUUAGGCGAAAUAAAUUUAAGUUUGUAUAAAAUAACUACGAAACAAUUAAAAAAUCAAUUAAUUCCAACGAUUAUUUAUUCUAACUAUCGAAAAUCAUUUAAUAGAACUUUAGAAAGAAUCUAUAAAGAGCAGAUUGAACAGACGAUCGAUCUUAAUCAAAUUCGAGCUUCUAUAAAUGGUACAGUACGUGAUGGAUUAACUGAAGAAUAUCAAGGUUCAGCAUUAAGAACAGCUAUGCAAUGUUUAACAGGUGCUGCUGGUGCUAAUAAUGUACCAGCGGAUUUUUGUGAAAAACAACUUACUAAACAACGGUCAAUCAAUUGGGCAGUUUUACCAGAUAAGCCUUCGCCGGUUGAUGGAACUGUUCGGCCAUUUGCAGUUAUUAUUACUAUCCGCGGUACUCAUAGUCGUACUGAUUAUGAUUCUUACAACAAAUAUUAUCUUAAAGUGAAAAAUUUCUUCGAUCCAUAUAUAGAAGAACAUGCACCAGAACACUUAAAACAUGCUUGGUUUUCUUCUCCUGGCUUUGCAUUUUAUGGUAUUCAACGUGAAUUACUUGUUGGUUCUUAUUCCUCCCUGGUAGCAUCACUUGGCAUUGCUCUACUAGUACUAUUUCUUACAUCAGGAAAUUUAUUUAUUGCAUUAUAUGCUUUAAUUACUAUCACUUUUGCUAUAGCGGCUAGCGUUGGUAUAUUUGCGGUGUUAGAAUGGGAAUUAGGCAUUGUUGAAGCUAUCAUUGUUAUUAUGUCUGUUGGUUUAUCAGUAGAUUUUGUAGUUCAUUUCGGUGUUGGUUACAUUCAUACAGAUUCCAAAGAUAUUGAUUAUGAAAGAAAAAAAGUUAAAACUCGCUAUUUAUCACAAACAUCGGCAACUGAUGAUCCUGAAAGUACUGAAAAAAUAUGUACUUGGUGUGUUCUAUAUAAAGAACAUCAAAUUGAACGUGAAACACGUGUAACAGAAUCUAUAUCUCGUGUUGGCUCAGCUGUAUUUAUGGCUGCCUUCACAACAUUUGCUGCAGGAUUUUCAAUGACGCUUUCAUCUCUGUGCGCUUUUCGACAAAUGGGACAAUUUCUUAUGACAAUAAUGUUAACAUCGUGGAGUUUUUCGAUGUUUUUCUUUUUACCCUUAUGUGUGAUUAUUGGUCCCGUUGGUAACUGCGGCUCAAUUCCAUUUUCACGCAUAAUUGAAUUUUUCCAACAAUCUCGCUGUCAAAAUUAA